AUGACUUUAUCUGAAGUCUAUGUGUAUAAUGAUGCAAAUAAAGUAAUUGACGAUUAUGAUGAUCAACCAGCGAAUUUUGGUCCAUCAAUUCCAUCUAAUGGACUAAUAGGAUAUGUGACAUUAACAAAUCCAAAAAAUGCAUGUACUAAAGUAGCGCCACCACCUAAUGUUCCGACACCUAAAUAUCGUUGGAUUGCACUUAUUCCUCGUACAAAAUCAGAGGAUAUGUGUGAUUUUGAUCUUAAGGUACUAAAUGCGCAAAAUGCAAAUUUUAGUGCAGUUAUUAUUUAUAAUUUUGAAGAUGCACUUAUCACAAUGGGUCCACACGGAAGAGAUAUACAGAUACCAUCAACAUUAAUAAUGUAUUCUGAUGGAUUAUCAAUUAUCUCAAAUUAUGUAUAUAAUGAAACAACGACAAAUUCAACUGCACAGUUUCAUGUAAAAAUUACUACAGAACAGUUAUUUAAAUUUGGUGCUUAUUUAAUACCAUUUAUUUGUAUUAUUAGUGUGUCAUUUUUUGGUCUUAUUGGUUUUAUGUUGGUUAAAUGUUAUUUACAACGACGUCGUUUACGUCGUCAUCGUUUACCACGUUCAGCACUUAAACAAUUAAAAAUAAAAAAAUUUGCUAAAGGCGAUCAUUGGGAAGUUUGUGCUAUUUGUUUAGAUGAUUUCGAAGAUGGUGCAAAAAUACGUAUAUUACCUUGUGAUCAUGCUUAUCAUAUGAAAUGUAUUGAUCCAUGGUUAUUGAAUAGUCGACGUCAAUGUCCAAUAUGUAAACGUUAUGUAUUUCCUAAUCAUGAUAAUUCAGACGAAGAAGAGAAUACUGGUCAAGCACCUACAGAACAAACACCAUUGAUACAACCAUCUAAUGAUAAUACAGUUCCAGUUCUUUUAAGAACUCGUCUAAUAGAUGUUGGCGCUCCUAAUUCUAGAACUGCUAUUAACGAAUCAUCAAAUACUGAUGAUGAUGACGAUGAUGAUGAUGAUGAAUCGUCACUAUUAAGACAAAUAACAACAACAAAUCAUAUAACUACUAAUGAUCUUGUAUUCAAUCGCCCAUCAUCGAGUUCUGAAAAUUAUUCAAAUUCACAAUUACCACAUGUUGCUUUACAUGAAUCAAGUUCAGAAGACACCGACAAUAAUACAACAAGAACUACAACAACAUAUGAAAGUCUACAGGAUUCUAUAUCAACGUCAUUUACAACACCGCGUGCUGCAAAUUUUUUCGUUGGUUCACCCGGUGGUACAACUGAUAAUACAAAUAUAUCAGCACAUUCAGUUAUUGAAAAUGUUAGUGACAUUGAAACCGAUGAUAGUGAUGAACGAAUGCAUUCAGUUAUAACUGAUGUUGAAAUAAAUCCUGCAUAUAUUCCUGAUGAUGAAACAACAAAUGUCCUUCGAACGAACUUGUAA